AUAAUUGGCUAUUCUUAUUCUGAUGACGAUGCAAUAUCGAAAUACAUUCUGUUGAUUUUCAUUAUAUCCAUUUUGCAACCUAUAAGAGGAGUAAAAGGUUGUUCAUUCUCCCUACCUUGCUAACCAUGCUCAAAAGACAAUAGGUACCAGAGCUUAUCCCAAAGCAGAUGCUGAAUGGUGUAGGAUCCAUAUACUUGUAUGCAUCGUGGCUUUUACAUCAAAAACCAAAUAAUUUGCUGAAGAACAAUAUUCACGUUAAAUUCACGUUGCUAGACAUGACGUUAACACGUGGUGGUCUUGAUGGUGAGAUUAGGUAAUAAAAUGCAUCACCUGUGUGACUGCAGCGCCUUUCCUCAGUUCCGUCACUCCUGACAGUAAAAGUAAUUAGCAAUGGAAUUUGAAUGUUUCCAUUUGAAACGACUUAACUCAUAUGGUUUUGACAGUUUGAGUAAUAUAUUUUAUUGACUGUUUGAAAGUGACGGUCAACACAAGAAGCAAACAAUAUUGCUCCACAAAAUAUUCCGCGAAGAAAAACACCCAGAAAUAGGACAGGAAGGAUGAUGAUGGAAGUACUUGCGUCACAAGGGGUGGCCACAAUGCUGGACGUGGACGGCAUCCUGGAGGAGAUCGGGGGCUGGGGCCUGUACCAGAAGAGGAUGUACCUGAUCCUGUGUCUGCCGUCCAUUGUGGCCGGGGCGGCGGUGGUCAGCCUCUCCUGGACUGGAUAUGUGAUGGAGCAUAGGUGUUUGGUACCAUCCUGCGAGAACGCCACCAGCGCCACCUAUAACGCAUGGUUCCUCAACUUCACCACACCACGUGAUGCUGACCAGACUGACCCAGCUUUUCCGUGGAGCGAGUGCCAAACAUUUCAGUCCUCGGUGAAGGGGCAGUGUAACGCCAGCGCGUUUGACGAAGAAAAGACAGAGGGCUGCACCCAAUGGGUGUAUGAUAAGUCAAUUAUGGAAAACACUAUCGUCUCAGAGUUUGACCUCAGCUGUGGCGAAGAUUGGCUGGUGGACCUCGCCAAUAGUCUGUACAUGGUCGGCAUGCUGCUGGGAUCUCUGGGCUUCGGCUACAUUUCAGACAGGUUCGGUCGUAAGAUAGCCCUGAUGUCUGCGCUCCUUCUGUUCGGUACUGCCUCCACCAUCACUGCGUUCGCUCCGAACUACGGCACGUUUGCGGCCAUGCGUCUCUUCACCGGCAUCGGCGGACUGGGCACGUUCAUGAUCACCUUCGUACUUAGUGUUGAAAUGGUCUCCAACGACGUGCGAACGUUCUGCGGCUUUGCCAUCGAGCUGUUCUUCUCCUUUGGCGAGUGCUUGGUGGGCGUGCUGGCACUCUGGAUCAAGGACUGGUGGAUCCUGCAGCUGACCAUCGCGCUGCCCAUCUUCGUCUUCGUCUCCUACUGGCUUUUCGUUCCGGAAUCGAUCCGGUGGCUGGCGGCGGAGGGCAGGGACGCCCAGGCCGAGAAGAUCCUCAGACACGUAGCGGAGGUGAACGGAAAACCGUUCCCCGGACGGAUGCUGCAGCAGUUGGAUAAGAGUCAGGCAUCUGAAGAGAAGGCCGAAGAGGUCGCCGCCGCUACUGUUUCCGAUCUGUUCAGAUCACCGGCGCUCCGGUGGAGGACCCUCAUCGUGCUCUACCAAUGGUUUGUCACCGCCAUGGUCUACUUCGGGCUGGCCAUGAACUCGACGAACCUGGGCGGCAACGUCUACCUCGACUUCAUCCUGGUGCAGCUGGUCGACUGGCCUUCCAUCAUCCUCUGCAUCGUGGUGUUGGACCCGUGGGGACGCAAGUUCUGUAGCAGCCUCUGCUUCCUGCUGGCUGGAGCUGGCAGUAUAGCCAGCGGUCUCUGCUCGGGAAAUGAAGGUCUGGAGAUGGCCACGGUCGGGUUCGCGCUUCUGGGCAAGUUCGGCGCCGCCGGGAUGUUCGCCAUCGUCUUCGUCUACGGCGCAGAGUUGUUCCCCACCGACGUCCGUAACACAGGCAUCGGGAUGUCUUCGGCGGCAGGCAGAAUCGGCUCCAUCCUGGCACCGUUCAUCGCUGGACUGGGCAAGGACAGCCAGGUGCUGCCCAUGUCCAUAUUUGGCGUGCUCUCGCUGGUUGCCGGCGUUGUGACUCUGAAGCUGCCGGAGACGUAUGGGGAGAACCUGCCGGAGACCCUGGAGGAGGCGGAGAACUUCGGCAGGAACCAGGGGCUCUGCUUCAUCCCAUGCCUGGUGGCCCGGAGACGAAGGAAAGUGGAAAACAUGAAUGCGGGCGGAACUAGCGCAGCGCAGGGAUGCUCAUCAUGAUUGUACCAUAGCGGUAGGAUGUCCUGUUGAUGCUGUCCUGAGGACGUCCUGUCUGAUGGUGCCAAUGAUUAUGCACUGAUGGUGAGCUGAGUAGAAUGAUGUGGUGACGUGUUCUGAUGGGCUACCACUGAUGUAAGUGGUAUUGAUGUUACUUGUCUGACUUGUGAAUACCGAGUAUUCACUUGUCAGUCGUUUAGUAUCUAAUGUAAGUAAAGUGUGAUUGUAAAGUGAAGAUCAUGUCAGAAAAGUGUAAUUAGUUUGCUGUCUCUGCACAAAUCAUCACCAGAUGUAGCCACCUAACUAAAUGAGAUACCAAUGAAGUCCAAAUGAAAGAAAGACCCUCCUGUUAUACGGAAGGUUUGUUGAAACAUCGUACUUAACGAUGAAGUGAACGUGGUCUACUAUGUAUAUGUGAUAAUACAUGACAUCACUUAGGUAUUAUCAAAUGAAAGUGGUGUCAGACGCCAGUUUAAGCUGGCUGAUGUAAAUAGGAAGAAUGCUAGGAAUAUCGACUCAACUAGCAUGUACUCAUAAAAUGCGUGGACUUGGAUUGUGGUGAAUUGUGUUGUAUCCAUUGUUGUGUGAAAUUUAUUUCACAAUCACACCAUAAAAUAAUCCAGAAAUACAAUCAAUGAAACAAA